GACCACGUUAUCAUUCGCAUUAAGACUGUUAAUGUUAGCGCGGCUGGUCGAUUGUUCGCAGCCUCCUAAUUUAUCGAUGUUCUCUGUAGGAAGGAUUUUGUGCAGUGAUUUCGAUGCACGAUGGUCUUGUGCUGUACACAACCCCGACGAUAUGCACCGCCCUCGGUUAUCUCAAAGACGCUUGGAUUGGCCGGUCCUUCAUCGAUUAUGUACACCCGAAGGAUAAAACCACCUUGGCCGAUCAGAUCACCAGUGGCAUCGCCUCGCCGCAAGAGGAGCGGUCCAAAGGUAAAUAAAAAUGUAUCAUAUUUGAUUGAGAAGAA